CGGCUGUCCUCCCCCCCCUUAAUAAAGGCUGGGCCAGCCCCGGGACACCACGCAGCUGCCCAGCCUGGGGACACCAGCCUGCCCUGCCCAUCCUCUGCUUCCCCCGGCCCCGGGUUCAGACCAUGGGAGGCACCGGCCACAGCGUCUUUUUCCUCCUUUACGUGCUGUGUGUCUUGCGGACCCUGUUCGAAGCUGAAUCCCAGAAAACCAGUGACUGUGCUCGCUGGUGCCCCCUGAACUCCAGAUGUGUCAACGCCACGGCCUGUCGCUGCUCUCCGGGGUUCACUUCUUUAUCUGGGGACAUCUUCACCAACCGCUUGGAGAAUUGUGAUGACAUCAAUGAGUGUGGGCCACCCUUGGCAGUGUCCUGUGGAAAAUUUGCAGACUGCCAGAACACAGAAGGGAGCUACCACUGCGAAUGCAGCCCCGGAUACCAGCUUGCUUCUGGGGCAAAAACGUUCAGGAAUGAGAGUGAGAACACAUGUCAAGACGUAGACAGAUGUCAGCGGAAACCCAGACUCUGUAAAGGCCGCAGCAUCUGCAUCAACACCCAGGGCAACUACACCUGCAGGUGCCCACCCGGCUUGGAGCUCAACCUGAGCGACCCAAACGUGUGCUCAGAUGUGAAUGAAUGUACCUCGGGGCAAAACCCGUGCCACAACACCACCCACUGCCUCAACAACAUUGGGAGCUAUGAGUGCCGCUGCCGCCCUGGCUGGAAGCCCAUUCCUGGGUCCCCCAAUGGCCCAAACAACACCGUCUGUGAAGAUGUGGACGAGUGCAGCUCCCGGCCGCCUGUGUGCCACAACUCCACAGUCUGCGUCAACACCGUGGGCUCAUACAGGUGCCGCUGCCGCCGUGGCUGGGAGCUCAAACCCGGAUUCCAGGAUAAGCAAACGAACACCACCUGUCAAGAGAUGUCCUUCCCUGCCUGGACCGAACCCCCUGGAAUCAAGAGCCAGAGACUCUCCAACUUCUUUAAAAAAGUCCAAGUUCUGCGCAGAGACUUCAAGCCGGCCUUGGCUCAGGACACCAUCCAGAACCUCAUCACGUCAGUGGAUGAGCUGCUGGAAGUCCCCAGUGACCUGGACGCCUUGGCCCUGCCUGAAAGGCACAAGAUGGCCACCCACCUCCUCUCUGAGCUUGAAAGAGUCCUGAGGACCUUGGCCAAGGCCAUGCCUGGAGCCUCCUUCACCUACCGUUCCCCUUUGAACACAGAGCUGUCCCUGAUGAUCCAGGAGCAAGGGGACGGAUACACCACCAUAGGCCAGAGCCAUGCACGGAUGCUGCUGGACUGGGCUGUGGCAACCGCAGCCAGGGACUCAGGCCCCACCGUGAUGGGCAUCCUCUCCAGCUGGAAAAUGCAGGAAUUGCUGGCCAACGCCUCCUUGGAGUUGGACCCCGAGACGAAAGCUAAGCUAAAAGAUCUCCACCAAGGUCCUGUCCGUGGCGCCCAGUACAAGCUCCUCUCAGCCGUCAACUUGGUCUUUCUGAGCAACACAAACACCGAGCACCUGGACUCCCCGGUCACCUUCGCCUUCUCCCACCCUAUGGAGACGCCCGGACCGCGGCAGGGGCUGGUGUGUGCAUUCUGGAAGAGUGACGACAGGGGCGGAGGGCACUGGAACACCACGGGCUGCUGGACCCGGGGCACCAGUAAUGACAGCACCACGUGCCAGUGCAGCCACCUGAGCAGCUUUGCCGUCCUCAUGGCCCACUAUGACAUAGAGGACCCGAGGCUGGCCCUGAUCACCAAGGUGGGGCUAGCGCUGUCGCUAGUCUGCCUGCUGCUAUGCAUUCUCACCUUCCUGCUGGUGCGGCCCAUCCAGGGCUCGCGCACCACCGUGCACCUGCAUCUCUGCAUCUGCCUCUUCGUGGGCUCCGCCAUCUUCCUGGCGGGCAUCGAGAACGAAGGCGGCCAGGUGGGGCUGCGCUGCCGCCUGGUGGCCGGACUGUUGCACUACUGCUUCCUGGCCGCUUUCUGCUGGAUGAGCCUCGAGGGACUGGAGCUCUACUUCCUGGUGGUGCGCGUGUUCCACGGCCAGGGCCUGAACAAGUGCUGGCUCUACCUGAUCGGCUAUGGGGUGCCCCUGCUCAUCGUGGCCAUCUCGGCGGCCGUCAGACACGAGCGCUACGGCCGCUCCCUCUAUUGCUGGUUGGACCCAAAAGAUGGCUUCCUCUGGAGCUUCCUGGGACCUGUGAUCUUCAUCGUUCUGUUCAAUGCUGUCAUCUUCGUGACUACUGUCUGGAAACUCACGCAGAAGUUUUCUGAGAUCAACCCAGACAUGAAGAAACUUAAGAAGGCCAGGGUGCUGACCAUCACAGCUGUCGCUCAGCUCUUUCUGCUGGGCAGCACCUGGGUCUUCGGCCUGUUCCUCUUUAACCCACACAGCUGGGUGCUGUCCUACACCUUCACCGUCCUCAACUGCCUGCAAGGCUUCUUCCUCUUCAUCCUCCACUGCCUGCUCAACAAGAAGGUGAGGGAGGAGUACCGGAAGUGGGCCGGCUGGGUCACCGGGAACAGGUACUCGGAGUUCACCACCUCCUCAUCCAACCAGACUCAGGCCCACAGGCCUUCGGAGUCCGGCAUGUGACAGCGCGGCUCCCACCAGACCAGGAGGUCCUGUGGCCUCAGCAGCUUUUGCACGUGUUGAAAGACGGUCCCCUCCUCUCUCGCCCCUCUGCUCCCUCCGUCAGCCUGCCUCGGCCCACAUGUGCACCACAGAAAGCAGGGGGCAGCAGCUGUAGUCUGGCACCAAAGCCCAGGAAGCCCAGAACACCCAGCCCAGUGGAGAGUUGGACCCACCGGGCCUGCUUCUGCUGGCUGCCUCCCUGCCCCACCCCAGCCAGGACCCAGGGUGAGGGCAGGAGUCUGGCCCAGGGCCGCAGUGCCUUUCCCGGCUACCCCAGGCCUGUCAGACUGAGGACGCUGUGCCCAGCCAGGCCCUUUCCCCUCGUCUGUUUUUGCUACAGAACGAGAGGCCAGGGUGCUGGGGCUCUAGCUCCCCGUUAAGCUACGACUGAGGCCAAGGGUGGGGGAAAAGCAGGGCCCCUCCCAGCCCCACUGCCUGAGGCUCACGGUACAGAAGCCCAUCUGCUCCUGGAGGCAGAAGGCUCUCACUUGUUUGGAAAGUUGUGAAUGUUGUAUGUUGUUGUUUUUAAUCUGUAUAAACUUUUCAACAUCGACACAUAAAAUUAAAUGUCCUACUGAUACAGAAAA